UUGGUCCUCAUCAGCUCAUCUCUCCGUGUUUUAACAUCCGUGUUAGCGUCUCUUCCUCCAGCCUCUCCUUCUCUCCAUCCUCCCCGACGAGCCGCUGCUGGAGGCGGAGGAGGAAGAUGAUGGAGGACCGGAGCGUGUCCGCCUGUCUGCCGGGGAGGAUUUAACGCAGCGAGGGCCAAUAAACGGAAAUAAUAUUCCUCUAAUAUUCCUUUAAUAUUCCUGUAAUAUCCCUGUAAGAGCGCUGCAGGGUCUCCCGGUGUGUCUGCGGUGCUCCACAGGAAGCGGAGCUCAUCGUCCUGCAUGGCCUCUGUGGCUGCAGGGUUCUGGGGUACUGCUGCCUGCUGCUCGCACUCCAAAUUCUCCAGAACCGGCAGUCUGAAACUGGGACGAGGCCGUUCACCACCAGCCAUGUUGUCCAGUCGGAGGUGUUCGGGUGUGUCCGGUCUUGCGGGCGGAGCGGUGUCCCCGGGGCCAGUGGUGGCAGAGGUUGUGGAGCCAGGCGGGGGGUCGGGGGAGGCCAAGAGGGAGCUGUUCGAGGCCUGUCGGAGCGGAGACCUGGAGCGAGCUCGCAAACUGGUGACGGCCGAGAACGUGAACAGCCGGGACACAGCGGGGAGGAAGUCGACACCGCUGCACUUUGCUGCAGGUUUCGGUCGGAAAGACGUUGUUGACUUCCUCCUCCAGAAUGGAGCCAACGUGCACGCCAGGGACGACGGAGGGCUGAUAUCCCUCCACAACGCCUGCUCCUUUGGGCACGCUGAGGUGGUGAGCCUGUUGCUUCACCACGGGGCGGAGGCUAAUGCCAGAGACAACUGGAACUACACUCCGCUUCACGAGGCAGCUAUCAAGGGCAAGAUUGACGUUUGUAUAGUGUUGCUGCAGCAUGGUGCCGAGCCGACCAUCAGGAACACAGAUGGUCGGACGGCUCUGGAUCUGGCAGAACCGUCUGCCAAAGCAGUUCUGACAGGUGAAUACAGAAAAGAUGAGCUUCUGGAGAGUGCAAGGAGCGGUAAUGAGGAGAAGCUGAUGGCUCUGCUGACACCGCUCAAUGUCAACUGUCACGCCAGCGACGGAAGAAAGUCGACACCGUUACACCUGGCCGCCGGCUACAACCGCGUCAAGACUGUCCAACUGUUACUGCAGCACGGUGCGGAUGUGCACGCCAAGGACAAGGGAGAUUUGGUUCCUCUUCAUAACGCCUGUUCAUACGGUCACUAUGAGGUCACUGAGCUACUGGUAAAGCAUGGAGCCUGUGUUAACGCCAUGGACCUGUGGCAGUUCACUCCUCUUCAUGAAGCUGCCUCAAAGAACCGUGUUGAGGUGUGUUCUCUCCUGCUGAGUUAUGGAGCCGACCCCACCUUCCUCAACUGUCACAAUAAAAGCUCCAUCGACCUCGCUCCCACCACGCAGCUUAAAGAACGACUGGCCUAUGAGUUCAGAGGUCACAGCCUGCUGCAGGCAGCCAGGGAGGCCGACGUGCUGCGAGUCAAGAAGCACCUGAAUCUGGAGACCAUCAGCUUCAAACAUCCACACACUCAGGAGACCGCACUGCAUUGUGCGUCUGCCUCUCCGUACCCGAAGAGGAAACAAGUGUGUGAAAUUCUGCUGAGGAAGGGCGCCAACGUCAACGAGAAGAAUAAAGACCUGCUGACCCCUCUCCACAUAGCGUCAGAGAAAGCCCACAACGACGUCAUCGAGGUUUUGGUCAAACAUGAAGCCAAGGUGAAUGCGGUGGAUCACCUCGGCCAGACGGCGCUGCAUCGAGCUGCUCACUGCGGACACCUGCAGACCUGCAGACUGCUGCUGACCGCCGGCUGCGACCCGCUGCUCACGUCACUGCAGGGACUGUCAGCUUCACAGCUGGGCAACGAGAGCGUGCAGGAGAUACUGCAAGCAGAGGGAGUUUUGAUCGGGAACUCUGAGGUGGACCGACAGCUGCUGGAAGCCUCCAAAACAGGAGAUCUGGACAUUGUCAAGAAGCUCUGCACGAUGCAGAAUGUGAACUGCAGGGAUGUGGAGGGUCGACAGUCCACGCCGCUGCACUUUGCCGCCGGCUACAACCGGCUGGCUAUUGUCCAGUUCCUGCUGCAGCACGGAGCCGACGUGCACGCCAAGGAUAAAGGCGGUCUGGUUCCUCUCCAUAACGCCUGCUCAUACGGUCACUAUGAGGUCGCUGAGUUGUUGGUCCUCCAUGGCGCUGUGGUGAACGUGGCCGACCUCUGGAAGUUCACACCGCUGCACGAAGCUGCCGCCAAGGGCAAAUAUGACAUCUGUAAACUCCUGCUGCAGCACGGUGCCGACCCAACCCGGAAGAACCGGGACGGGAACACCCCUCUAGAUCUGGUGAAGGACGCCGACACGGACAUCCAGGACCUGCUGCGGGGCAACGCCGCGCUGCUGGACGCCGCCAAGAAAGGCUGCCUGGCCCGAGUGAAGAAACUCUGCACGCACGACAACGUCAACUGCAGAGACACACAGGGGAGACACUCCACACCGCUGCACCUGGCUGCGGGCUAUAACAACCUGGAGGUGGCGGAGUACCUGCUGCAGCACGGAGCUGAGGUCAACUCUCAAGAUAAAGGAGGACUGAUUCCUCUGCACAACGCUGCCUCCUAUGGGCACGUAGACGUGGCCGCUCUGCUCAUCAAGUACGACGCCUGCGUCAACGCCACAGAUAAGUGGGCGUUCACUCCGCUGCACGAGGCUGCUCAGAAGGGCCGCACGCAGCUCUGUGCCCUCCUAUUGGCUCACGGGGCAGACCCCACCCUCCGCAACCAGGAAGGACAGUCAUCGCUUGACUUGGUCACGGCGGAUGAUGUCCGGGCGUUGUUAACCGCCGCCAUGCCUCCCUCUGCUCUCCCCGGCUGUUAUAAACCUCAGGUCAUCAGCGUGGCAGCGUCGGCCUCAGGUGCUCCACCCAUUGCCAUGGUCCCACCACUUCUGUCCUCCUCUUCCUCUUCUUCCUCCUCCUCGUCCUCCUCCUCGGGUCUUGAAGUCGCAGCAGCGGCUGCAACCAACAGCAACGCCACCGCAGCUUCUAACGCUUCAAGCUCGUCGUCUACACCGCAGCCCUCGUCUUCUGCGUUCCCUGAGAUGUCGGCGCUGCUGUCGGCGGUCGAAGGCUCACUGGGUGCUGAGAAGAAAGAGGAAGUUCCAGGAGUUGAGUUCAGCAUCUGUCAGUUCUUGAAGAAUCUGGGACUGGAGCAUCUUCUGGAGAUCUUUGACAGAGAGCAGAUCACUCUGGAUGUGCUGGUGGAGAUGGGUCACCGCGAGCUGAAGGAGAUCGGCAUCAACGCCUACGGACACCGACACAAGAUCAUCAAAGGAGUGGAGAGGCUCAUCAGCGGGCCACAGAGUCUGAACCCCUACCUGACGUUGAAUACAGCCAACAGUGGGACGAUCCUGAUCGACCUCGCAGCCGACGACAAAGAAUUCCAGUCGGUGGAGGAGGAGAUGCAGAGUACGAUCAGGGAGCACCGAGACGGCGGCCAUGCUGGAGGAGUCUUCAACAGAUACAACCUGGUCAAGAUCCAGAAGGUUUGCAACAAGAAGCUUUGGGAGAGGUACACUCACCGCAGGAAGGAAGUUUCAGAGGAAAACCACAACCACUCCAAUGAGCGCAUGCUCUUCCAUGGCUCUCCGUUCGUCAACGCCAUCAUCCACAAAGGCUUUGACGAGCGUCACGCCUACAUCGGCGGGAUGUUCGGCGCCGGGAUCUACUUUGCCGAGAACUCCUCAAAGAGCAACCAGUACGUUCACGGGAUCGGAGGGGGGACAGGCUGCCCGCUGCACAAAGACCGCUGCUGCUACAUCUGCCACAGGCACCUGUUGUUCUGCAGGGUGACUCUGGGGAAGUCCUUCCUGCAGUUCAGUGCCAUGAAGAUGGCUCACUCACCGCCUGGUCACCACUCUGUCACCGGCAGGCCGAGCGUGAACGGUCUCGCUCUGGCCGAGUACGUCAUCUACAGAGGAGAGCAGGCGUAUCCAGAGUACCUGAUCACAUACCAGAUCAUGAAACCUGACGAGUCUGCAGACGGAUGAGGAGGAAGAGGACGAUGAAGGAAGUGUCAGAGGAGGAAAAUACGAAGAAAUGCAGAAGAAGAGAGCUCACCUUAUCCUAUCAGCUGAGCUGUGGCGUUACUAACUGCAUGCACAAAGAAAAACUUUAUUUAUACAAUGUAUAAAACAUGUAGGUUUUUAUCAGACGCCUGUUGUUUUUUUUUCUAUAGUUUGUUUUAUGCACUUUAUGAACCAUGAGUUGUUUCAUGAUGUGACGUGAUGUGACUGUUGAGUUUGUCCUUUUGUCACUAAAACAGUAUCGUCCAGUGAUUCAGGGUGCUGCGGCUUCAGAGAGGACGUGUCACUUUCAUCACAUCAGUGUCAUAGUUAGACACAAAGCACAUCGUCGCCAACGCUUAACAUGUUGUUGACAGGAUAUCUGGGAGUAAUUCCAACCCGUAAGAGACCACUCACCUGUACUACCCAGUACUGACUGAUGCCUCAGUCAAAAAAAGUCAAACAUCUUGUUUUUAGUUUGACAACUGACACCAUUUUUAUUUACCCAGCAUGCAUUUAUAGGCAUUAAUAAAAGUAAAGAUGUUUUCACAGCUAACAGUUGUUCUCAGAAACAUAAACCGUCACUGAAACUCAUUGUUUUCUGACACUGACGUUAUUGGAAGUGACUCGUCCCUUCUGAAGAGUCUCUCUCUGACAAACAUUUCCACAGACAACUCUUAUGUGUUGCCUGGCAACAUCCUAACGAGGUGAAGUAUUGGUUUUAUUUUACAAAGAUGUUGUGUAAUCUUCUUUUGUACAAGCAUGUUAGUUUAUUAACAUUUAUAAUGUUGAAAAGAAAAAUCUCUGCUGGGGUUUGGAGACAGUCUGAAGACGUGAUUUUCUUUCUGCGGCUCUGGAGAGUUCAAUACAUGAAUCAGCCUUAAUGAGAAGCAGCAUCUGAUUGGAUAGCACUGUGCUGAUCAGCCAAUCACGUGAUGUGAGAAAACCUGAAUAUGUUUAUCAGCAGCUGAAACCUUUUUUUAAGACAUACAAACGGCAGAGAUGUCCCUGAUGACCCACAAUGUCCCACAGCUCCCAAUCAAGGGGUCAUUGUUCAUUUGAUAUUUACAUUUGUAUUUAUUUUUCCUAAAUCAUGUUUUUAUUUUAUUUAUUUAUAUUUUUAUAUUAUAAAUAUUUUAUAUUUUUAUUUAUUAUUUCUUCUUUUUUGCACACUCCAGGGAAUAUCAAUCAAACCGAUGUCGGUAAAUUCAUUUUUAAAAUGGCUGGCAUUUACCUGUUUUUACAAAUAACCUCUUCUCUUAUUCAGUGAUUCUAAUACAGCUGCUGAUGAUUGACCGCAGUCCAUCAGGACUUUGUAGGCUGUAAUAAGAAUGGGAAACUAAUUUUUCUGUGCAAGAGCCAUGAAAAUGGUCAUUUUAGUUGUAAGAGAUUGACGCAGCUGUUCAGGUUGUUGUAAGUCCGGGUCGGUCGAUAUUUUGAUAGUUGACCAUAUACAGAAAAACAAAAAGAGUCGCGGGCCAAACAGUUGUAAAUGCAAAGUUUUCAAACAGUUACACAGCGAGAAAGUCAGUGUUUCUAGAUUAGAAAAGCCCAUUUGCCAUAGAAACUUAAUUUUCUUUCAAAAUUAAAAUACAACACUACUAAACAGUUUAACAUAUGACAUUACAGUAAUUUAUUGGAGUUCCCAGUUAUAAGAUGAUGGUUCGAGAUGACAGCAACAUCGUGUUUAAACCAGGCUGUGCGAUGUACAUACUGUUCAACUUAUUAGAAAUAUGCUCCAGACAUAUUUUAUCUUGUAUUUAUGAAUUCACAGUGAGCCAUUUAACAAUGGGCAGCGGGCCACAGUUGGUCCAUGGGCCGUAGUUUAGCCACCCCUGUUGUAAGUCAACCUACAGAAAUAAAACCUUUUUUUUUUUCUUUCUAACAUAUUUCUUUGUCAAACGCCAUAUGACUGGAAAACAGCUAACGUGUCAUCAGACUGAAUACUUUUUAAGUGAAGGAUUACCUUAGCACAGCUUUUACUCAAGCCCUCAGGACAAAGGCCAGGCUUUGAAGCUAAUUUUACAUAGUGGCCAAAGGUGGAAUUACAACAUCUGGGUCUGUCGUGAUCUCAUGAGAUCCAAAAAGACUUUUUCCCACAGACCUAAAUUUAAAAGAAGUGUCUGUAAAUCAGUGGAUACAUAUUUCUGAGCAGCACAACCUCCGCAAAAUGACUUAUUAUUCGGAUUUAAUCUGGAACAGCUGAACAGUUAAAUCAUUUUAUCCCCAGUCAAGUUAGCAGAGUUCUAAACCAGAAGUUAGCUACUCACAGAGGAUUUAAUAAUUUUUUAUCCUCAUUCAAAUUAGCACAGUGCCUAACAGGAAGUUAGCCGCUCAUACAUGAUUGAAUAAGUUUAUCCCCAGUCAAGUUAGCAUAGUGCUUAAUAGGAAGUUAGCUACUCAAAGAGGAUUUCAUAAUUUUUUUAUCCCCAGUCAAGUUAGCAUAGUGCUUAACAGGAAGUUAGCCACGCGCACAUAAUUGAAUAACUUUAUCCCCAGACUUAGCCCCAGUUCUGAAAUCAUCAUGAUGCCCUGUGGUUAAGGUCUGGUUAGGUUUAGGCACAGCGUUCAGCACCGCGGACAGUCGGACUAAUGGGAUGUCGAACCAAUAGGCUGUCAGACCAAUGACAUGGACCCAGUUAGCAUAGUGCUUAACAGGAAGUUAGCCACUCGCACAUGAUUUAAUAACUUUAUCCCCAGUCAAGUUAGCAUAGUGCUUAACAGGAAGUUAGCCAUGCGCACAUGAUUGAAUAACUUUAUCCCCAGGCAAGUUAGCAUAGUGCUUAACAGGAAGUUAGCCACGCGCACAUGAUUGAAUAACUUUAUCCCCAGUCAAGUUAGCAUAGUGCUUAACAGGAAGUUAGCCACACGCACAUAAUUGAAUAACUUUUUCCCCAGUCAAGUUAGCAUAAUGCUGAACAGGAAGUUAGCCACUCGCACAUGAUUGAAUAACUUUAUCCCCAGGCAAGUUAGCAUAAUGCUGAACAGGAAGUUAGCCACGUGCACAUGAUUGAAUGACUUUAUCCCCAGUCAAGUUAGCAGAGAGCUGAACCAGAAUUUACCUGGUGUAGCCAUCUUGGUUCAUCUGUCUACUGUUCCAACACCAACUCUGGUUUCUUUGAAAUUAGCCCUUCAUUUACUUAGCUAGAUGUGAAAAUAUGCCGGCUCCAUACACGCUCAAAUGUACUGUUUAUUGAAAUAGAGUCUGGUGGGUUUGGCGAUGGUGAUUUCAGGCUGUUUUUGGUUAAACAAAAAGGAUCUUGCUCUUAAACAAAAAGGUCUAUUUCUGUAGGGAUCUCCUCAAUGUCAUCAGACACCUAGAAUAACAGUGAGCCUGUCAGUGACAAAAACAAACACUUGAUGGUACGAACAUGCCCUGAGCUGAGUUUCACCUGUUUACAACCAGGCUGCUGCUGGAAACUACAGUCUGACAGUAUGACAUGAUAAAAUGCAAACUCACUGAACUCUCUGUGUCAUUCAAACAGUGUUUGAGAGCUGAUGUGCUUGAACUUUCUACAUAGCUAAUACAAUAACUGAUGAGUCUAUCUGGAUUUAAUUUACGGUACCUUUAAAAGCUCAAACCUGACCUGAUAUCACACUGAACUGCCAUUUUGUUUUUGCUUCAACAUUCUGUCUGACAUUAUCUUUGCUGUUUGUGGGGUUCGUUUCUCUCAAUCAGUCACCAGUGACUGACAUAUGACUUAUUAUGUUGAUUUAAGAGUUCUUAUUUCUGUGACUGACUUACAACAACCUAGACACCCAUCUUAUUCAUGUGAGUCUGCAAGUUAGUGGUAAUUAUUCUGGCUCUGGUACAUGGAGACGUGGACAAUUCAGUUUCCCCUUAAGUUGUAAUUGCACAGCAGGUAUACAGACAAUUUUAUCAAUUUCCGUCUCUGCAGUCGCACAGUGACAAAGCUCAUGUGGUUCACAGUUCUCAAGUCUAAAUACAUUAGUGAUGUGCCACAGCCUGAGAUCUCACACAAUAUUUAAUACAAAAAAAUAUUAUUUAGUUAUUCGUAGUUCUCCAUGUAACCCUUUCACUGCAGUGUGGCUGAAGCAUUGUAACACAAAGACAAACCUGAUUUAAAAACAGCGGUUUCAUUUCUUUGCUCUCCAGUCUUGAGUCGGACUGUUAAACCCACAGAGAGGGAAAAACAAAAAAUGAAUGUCAUGUAUGUAAAUUUACUCUGACUGUUCUGCUGUUGUGACUUCUUCUCCUGUCGUCUGUAAUGUGAAGUUAAUGGGCACUAAUGGGGACGUUUUGUGCCCUGAUGCAUGGUGCCGUGGUGCUGUCGGACUGAUCGUAGGUUCCUCAUUUCGUCUGUUUAGGCGCAGACUGGGAGGAAACCAGCAGCUGGGUGUGAAGUGUUUGAAUCCAAAAUGUGACAGUAAGCAUCUCACCGACUCUGCAAACUGAUUGAUAGAACAAAAUGGUGCUAUUUAAAGGAAAGUCCUGGGCGAAAUGAGAUCAAUGACAUUUAUGUCAGGAUUUGUGACAUUUUGGAAACAAACUUCUCACGCUGCGUGUUUGAAAGGGUCAUUAAAGGGAAAACAUUCAACCAUGAAGUGCAUUAGAUGUUAGCUAAAUAACUGAAUAUGGGUGCAGGGAGUGUGGAGGGAACUUUUUGCAUCUUUUAAAAAGAUAUGAAAUACUGAACUUUCUAAAUGUCAAGGAAAAAAAUGUUGGAGAUUUUAAACUCUAUCUGCCUACCGACCCCUUUGUUUAAUAUAUAUAAAUGAUUAUUGGUGGCUAUUUGAUGUGUUUCUGUUGCACUCAUUUUAGAUAAAUGCC